CCUGCAAACAAAGGAACAUCGCUAGAUUGAUCUACACCAGUACAGUAAAUGUGGUGUUUGGAGGGCUUCCUAUUGAAGAUGGUGAUGAGGAAACUGUGCCAUAUUUUCCUGUAGAAAAGCAUGUUGAUCAUUAUUCCAGAACCAAAUCAAUUGCAGAACAAAUGGUACUAGCAGCUAAUGGAACUCCACUAGCAGGAGGUGGAAUACUCUAUACGUGUGUUCUUCGCCCACCAGGAAUCUAUGGACCAGAAGAGCAAAGACACUUGCCAAGGCUAGCAAAGAACAUUGAGAGAGGACUACUUAGCUUCAAGUUUGGGGAUCCUUCUGCUAAAAUGAACUGGGUGCAUGCAGAGAAUCUCAUACAAGCUCAAAUACUAGCUGCUGAAGCUCUCACCCCUGAAAAGAACUACAUAGCUAGUGGCCAAGUGUAUUUCAUUAAUGAUGGUGAAAAAUUAAACCUUUUCGAAUGGUUAACUCCUCUUUUUGAAAGAUUAGGUUGCAGUAAACCAUGGAUACGUAUUCCUACUUCCUUAGUUUAUGCAUCAGCCAUGAUAAUGGAAUACCUUCACCUGAUGCUGAAGCCAUUUGUUGAACUGUCCCCACUGCUGACCAGAAAUGAGGUGCAGAACAUUUCUAUAACUCAUACAUUUCGGAUAGACAAGGCACGGAAUCAGCUAGGGUACAGCCCAGAGAAGUUUGCGUUUGCUGAUUCUGUGGACCACUACAUUAAAACAAGACCAGAAGCCCAGAAUGACCACAUCUUCCUCAAAGUUUUGCUUUCUUUAAUUGUUAGUUUAAGUUUGAUCUUUCUUUCUUUAAGAUUUGAUGGCCUUUCAGUUUUGCAUUUUUUUAAAGAAACACAACACUGA